UUUCCUCUUUAUUGGAGAACUAUAAAAGGAGUCGGGAAGCCAGGGAGGAGUCAGAAAAGCAAGAGUACCCCUUCUCCAGGAUUCUCCUCCUUUUUUUUUUUAACAAAUAUUUAACUAUUUAUAAAAAUCCCUUAGGCCAUCCCCAGUCCUCCGUCUCUUCUCCUCUGACAAGACCAUGAAGGCUUCCAUGAUGGUUCUUCUUCACCUCAUAUUCUUGGCUAUCUGUUGUCAAACAACCUCUGAAGCAGGAGCCGCAGUCGUCACCUCCUCUUGUUGUACAAACUACAUGCGGAAGACAAUCCCCAGAAACCUGGUGAUCAGCUAUCGAGUGACCAACCGGAGUGCCUGUUCCAUACCUGGAGUGAUCUUUAUCACCAAAGUAAAACGAGAAGUCUGUGCUGACCCUACAAAGCAGUGGGUCAAGGAUUACAUGAAGAUGAUAGACACCAAUAAGGCCAAGGUCUCCAUGCCGGUGGGGUUGAAGACCUUGAAAAAAUCCCUCAGGACUCCAUCUUCCAACAGUACCAGCAUAACUAGCGGCUGGGGGCCCGGGGCAGCGGGGAGAUGGGACCUUUCCAAAGUCUGUCUGACUUGUUUUGUAGAUGGCAGUAACAUUGCCCGGUACUGCUGUGAGACAUACAGCCCUAGACCCAUCGCCUGGAAGUUGGUCCAGAGCUAUGAACUGACCAAGAGCAGCUGCUCCCUCUCUGCUGUCAUAUUCACCACCAAAAAAGGACAGAAAGUCUGUGCUGAUCCCAAAGCAAAAUGGACUCAGCGAUAUGUGGCUUCCCUGAAAUCCCAGAAGGUCCCUACGCAAACUUGAUCCCACAUCCAAGGCCUUGAGGCCAUUGUCAGUCUUGUUUAGCAGCCCAGCAGCCCCAAUGGAGCCAGAGACCCAUUGCCAGAGAGAGGCCUGAAGAGUUUGGGUGUGACUGAAGAAGAGAGGAAAGUUGUCCAGCAGGUCUUUUACUCUAUAGAGGCUGCCUCAGAGGUCCUCCUUCUGGGACUCAAGUUGUAACCUCAUGUAUUAUAAUAAAUGUUGCUGGUCUUCA